AUGAUGAAAUUCAUCAUUUUUACUGUCGUCUGCUUCCAAUUAUUUCUCGGCAAAAGUUUCGGCUUUGAUGCUGACAGCUAUGCUCGUUUUAUUGACGAGCUGAGUGUAGAUGAAAAAUUUCUUGAAGAGUAUGCUAAAUGGUCACUUGAACUUUUUUCUCAACCUGACUAUCUAUACGGGAAACCACGCGGCAAUUUUCCAUGUGAAAUUACAAAAGAUACUAAUGUUCCAACAUCAGUUCAUGCUCUUCGGCCAAGUGAUAUUAAAUGUGUUGGUGCAAUAGGUGAUAGUUUAACAGCUGGCUUAGGUGCUCAUGCAGCCACCCCGAUUGGUUUAACAGUGGAAAAUCGAGGUUUAUCUUGGUCGGUAGGUGGAGAUCAUACAUAUUCCAAAGUACUUUCCGUACCUAAUGCUUUACGACAAUAUAAUCCUGAUUUGAAAGGUUUUUCUACAAAAUUCUCAGUAAUCUUUCUUAAUGGUCAAAAUGCUACAAACAAUGGACUCAAUGUUGCUAAAUCAGGUGAUCGUUCCAAUCAUAUGCCCGAUCAGGCUGGCAUUCUCAUGAGUCGAAUAAAAGAUGAAAAGUUAUGCGAUUGGAAUAAUGAUUGGAAAAUUAUUACAUUUUUUGUUGGUGGUAAUGAUUUGUGUAGCUUUUGUGAAGAUAAAAAUGUAAGUAAACAUACACCAGAACAAUAUGUAAGUUACGUACGUGAUACACUCGAUAAAUUAUACAAUGCAGCAAUACCUCGUACUCUGGUCAAUCUUGUGCUUGUACUUGAUGUUCGCAGUGUACAAUCUCUUAACAGUGGUGGUUUUGUUUGUGAAACUCUUCAUAAACGAACAUGUCCAUGUGCUGCUUUUCCCACACCAGAAGAAGCUAAAACAUUAGAUGAUUAUGUACCACAAUAUCAUCAACUUCUUCUAGAUUUAGCUGCUUCAACUCGUUACGAUGGUCGUGAGGAUUUUACUGUUGUUGUUCAACCAUUUAUGGCAAAAACUAAAAUACCAGUAAAAGAUGAUAAUAAAAUUGAUUUCAGUUAUUUUGCACCAGACUGUUUUCAUUUUAGCGGCAAAGGUCAUGCACAAGCCGCAUUAUCACUUUGGAACAAUAUGUUUGAACCUGUUGGUGGUAAACAAUGGUUUUGGCAUAUUAAUGAAGAAUUAAAAUGUCCCACAAAAGAAUAUCCAUUUAUAUUUACAAAGAAAAAUUCAGCGAAAGCAUUAGAAGAAUAUCAACGUGCAACACAUGCUCCAUCCAUGAGCACCAGUACUUCGAAACCAGCAAAACACACCACUAAACAUCAUAAACAUCAUAAAUCACAUUCCGAUUCAUCAUUUAGCAAGAUGCAACUAGUUGUUUUAGCUAGUUUAUUUCUUCUGAUUCUGAUACUUUUCGCAUUGGUCAUUACUAAACGACAACAAAUUCGUGGUUUUGCUCAUGGAGCAGGACGUCGUCAUUUAAAUGGUUUUACAAAUCCACAAUAUCCAGAUGAUAAUGAUAAUGAUGAAGUCGAAAUUUGGAGUCGGUCAAAUGUAAAAUCAGGUUUUACGAAUAAGAACGAUAUUCCAAAAACGCAUGGCUCACGUAUUUCUUUUGCAUAA